AUCCACAUGAUGCACAGUACCCAAUAAACAAAACACCCAAUCUUUGUCUCCAUCUCCCUGUGCAUUUUUUUUGGACCUUUUUAGGUCUCUUUUCUUGGUAAUUUCAAUUUUCUCUAUCAACUGCUCUGCUCUAUCAACUCUCAGGUUUCAACAUGGGAACAAAAUGCAAUGCUCUUUUGAUCACUCUUCUACUUUUAAUUCCUGUGGCUCUUUCUGUACACAAUGUUGGGUUAAUCAGAAUUGGAUUAAAAAAGCGGAAAAUGGAUCAAGUCAAUCGUCCUGCUGGAACCAUUGACUCCAAAGAAGGGGAAUCAAUGAGAACAGCAACCAAAAAGUACCAUUUUCGUAAUGAUCUCAGGGACUCUGGGGAUGCUGAAUUUGUUACACUAAAAAACUACUUAGAUGCUCAGUAUUUUGGUGAAAUUGGUAUUGGCACACCUUCCCAGACUUUCACUGUGAUAUUUGACACGGGAAGUUCUAAUCUCUGGGUACCCUCUUCAAAAUGUUAUUUCUCGCUUGCUUGCUACUUCCAUUCCAGGUAUAAGUCCAGCGAAUCAAGUACCUAUGAGAAGAACGGUACAUCUGCUGCUAUCCGAUAUGGCACUGGUUCAAUUGCCGGUUUCUUUAGCCAGGACAAUGUCCAAGUUGGUGAUCUUGUUAUUAGGGAUCAGGAUUUCAUCGAGGCAACAAAAGAGCCAGGCAUCAUAUUCAUGGUUGCCAAGUUUGAUGGUAUAUUUGGCCUUGGCUUCCAGGAAAUCUCAGUUGGGAAUGCUGUUCCUGUUUGGUAUAAUAUGGUUAAUCAAGGUCUUGUUAAGGAACAAGUUUUUUCCUUUUGGCUAAACCGCAAUGUCAAAGGAGAAGAAGGGGGAGAAAUUGUGUUUGGUGGGGUUGAUCCUAAUCACUACAAGGGUGAACACACAUAUGUUCCUGUAACUCAAAAAGGUUAUUGGCAGUUUGAUAUGGGUGAUGUAUUAAUUGAUGGUGAAACAACUGGAUUUUGUGCAAGUGGCUGCAAGGCAAUUGCUGAUUCUGGAACUUCCUUGCUGGCAGGCCCAACGACUGUGAUUACUCAAAUUAAUCAUGCCAUUGGAGCCUCUGGUGUUGUAAGCCAAGAAUGCAAAACAAUGGUUGAGCAAUAUGGGAAAGUUAUUCUGGAACUGCUGUUAGCUCAGCAGGCACAGCCACAAAAGAUCUGCUCCCAAAUUGGUUUUUGUACUUUUGAUGGGACUCAAGGUGUUAGUACAAACAUUGAGAGUGUGGUGGACGCAAGCAUGGAUAGACAAUCUGAUGGUCUGCAAGAUGCUGCAUGUACUGCUUGUGAGAUGAUGGUGGUAUGGAUACAGAAUCGUUUAAGGCUAAAUCAGACACAAGAUCAAAUCUUAAAUUACGUGAAUCAGCUCUGUGACCGAUUGCCAAGUCCAAAUGGAGAAUCAGCAGUUGAUUGUAGCAGUCUAUCUUCCAUGGCUAACAUCUCGUUCACAAUUGGUGGUAAAGCAUUUGAGCUUACACCAGAGCAGUAUGUUCUAAAAGUAGGAGAGGGAGUUUCAGCUCAAUGCAUUAGUGGAUUUACUGCUUUUGAUCUGCCCCCUCCUCGUGGACCUCUAUGGAUCUUGGGUGAUGUAUUUAUGGGCCCUUAUCACACAGUGUUCGACUAUGGUAACUUAACAGUUGGAUUUGCGAAAGCAGCCUAAUAAAACUCUUUAUGUGAUAUAUAUAUAAUAUGUAUAUUUUGGUAUCAGAACAUCUUCACUAAUAUGUGGCAGACCAGAAACUUAUACAUUUAAAUAAACUAAUAUGUGAUCUUAGUUCAAAUAAUUUGUGUCACAGAACUCUGUCAUGGGUCUUGCCCGCUGUCACUAUGUAUACACACUUAAAUUUCACUCACUCUCUCUCUCUCCCUCCCCCUAUGUAUAUAUAUAUUACAAUUUUCACUUAUAACACAAAUUCAUGUUCAUUUUUCUUUUAAA